AUGGCAGCGGUCGCCACGAGCGCCACCCACGGGAAAACAGAGAUCCCCGCGUACUACCAAGUCCCCGAGACGAAAUUUGAGCUCGAUUGGGCGGAUCUCGUAACGUUGGACCUUUCGCAGUUCGAUCAGCCAGACGGGAAAGAGAAGCUCGCGGCGCAGUUAUUCGAUGCCAUUCACAAGAUAGGCUUCUUCUACAUUAUCGGCUUCGGCUUGACCCAGGAGCAGGUUGACCGGCAAUUCGCGAUCGGGAGGGAAGUAUUCCAGCUGCCGACAGAGGAGAAGCUCAAGUACCGGGCGGACCUCGAAAACGGCGGUUACAAUGGUUAUAAGCCUCUCGGACUCCGUGAAGUAAAGCCGGGCGUAUAUGAUAACACUGAAAUCUACAACAUCCCCAAGUUCAUCCCCGCGUUCGAGAGGCCACACCCAGCAGUCAUAAAUGAGAACCGGCAGGAGAUCGAGGCCUUCGCGCGGCACAUCAACGAUGAGAUUGUCGGCAAGCUGCUCGUGCUCUUCGCUAUCAUCCUCGAGCUGCCAGAGGACUUCUUCCUGAAGACGCACCGCUACACGGAGAAGAGCGACUGCCACCUGCGGUAUAUGAAGUACCACCACCGUAGCGAGGAGCAGAACCGCAUCCUCGACAACGUCUGGGUCAAGGGCCACACCGACUUCGGCAGCUUGACACUGCUCUUCCGGCAGCCCGUCGCGGCGCUGCAGGUACGGACGCCCGAGGGCCAGUGGAAGUGGGUCAGGCCGUACCCGCAGAGCAUCACCGUCAACCUCGCCGACUCGCUCGAGUUCCUGACCAACGGCUUCCUCAAGAGCAGCAUCCACCGCGUCGUUGCCCCGCCGCCGGACCAAGCCGAGGUUGACCGUCUCGGUGUCCUGUACUUCGUCCGACCUGAGGACAGCCUCGAGCUGCGGCCCGUCGUCAGCGGCGUCCUCGAGCGCCUGGGCUACGACAAGACCACCGACGGUAGCGCUGUCGGAAUCACCGCCGGCGAGUGGGUUAAGGCACGCGUACGCAAGGGCGUGGCCAAGGAUAAGCCGCGGAGCGAGGUGGCCGAGCAGGAGAUAAUCCGCGGCAAGGCGGCCAAGUACUACGACUAG